AUGCCGCUGGACGUGAUCAUCGUCGGCGCAGGCAUCGGCGGGCUCUGCGCGGCCAUCGCCCUGCGCCGCGCGGGGCAUUCGGUGCGGAUUUUCGAGAAAUCGCGCUUUGCGUCCGAGAUCGGCGCCGCCGUCGCCAUCUCGCCCAACGGCGCGCUCGUGCUGGCGGCUCUGGGCUUCUCGUUCGACCGCGCAAGGGCCUGCGUGCUACCGUCGUGGGAGUCGGUCGACGGCAUCAGCCUGAGCCCGCUGACGGCGCUGGACCUGAGCAAUGCAGAAGCGAAAUACGGCGCGCCCAUGAUGGCCAUCCACCGCGUCGACCUGCACAGCGAGCUGCGGCGGCUGGCGCUGGAGGGCGACGACAAUCCGGCGGAGCUGGUGCUGGCCACGGCGGCCGAGGGCAUCGACGACGAGGGCAGGCUGUUACUGAGCGACGGCUCUACGCAUCGCGCAGACUUGAUCAUCGGCGCCGACGGCGUGCAUUCGGUCGUCAGGCGGGCUGUCGUGGGAGAAGAAGCGGACCUGGCAGCAGAGACGGACAUGAGCGCGUUUCGCUUCCUGAUCCCAACGAGCAGGCUGCAGGGCGAUCCGGCUCUCGAGAAGCUGCUGCAGUGGAAAUCCCCCGGAGCAACUAUCUUUGCGGACACGCUGGACAAGGCGCACGAGCGCCAUCUGGUCUGGUAUCCGUGCCAGGGAGGAGACGUCCAGAAUGUCGUUGGCAUCCAUCCGACAAGGCCCAAUGCGGCUGAGACAGAUUUCAAAGCCUCUCUCCUCGACGAGUUCCGAUACUUUAACCCUGACGUGGUCAAACUACUCGAACUGGCCGAGGACGUCAAAUGCUGGAAACUGGCCCGCUACGAGCCUUUUCCACGGUGGACGCGCAAGGAUAUCGUCCUGGUCGGCGAUGCAGCCCAUCCGAUGCUCCCCUUCGGCGCCCAAGCCGCCAACCAAGCCAUCGAAGACGGAGCCGCUCUGGGACAGCUGCUCAGGGGCGUCGACGACGCAGCAGAGAUCCCGCAUCGACUGCAGCUGUUCGAGGAUAUCCGCCGGCGCCGGACGGCCAUUAUACAGAUCCUGUCCUCUGCGCGGAUCGGGCGGGAAGGCACCGUGACGGAUAAGUUGCGCGAGUUUGUUGCGGAUGGAGAGAGCGUGCCCACCACAUUCGCUGAGCGGACGGAGCAUGCGUACAGGUUUGCACUUCUAUUUCUUUCCCCUUACGGAUGUAAUUCCGGCGUUAGACUGAUUGAUCCGUUUGAAAAAUCUAGUUUCGACGUGCUGAAAGAAUGCGAGAAAGCGCUGCAACAGGAGGAGAAGAAGGAAACUGCUACUGAAGAAUUGAACGAAAAAGAAAAAGAAAAUCUCGCAGUAUUGAGCAAUAAUAAUGCCAAGGGAGAGGAUCUGCAAGAUCCUAAUAACUAUAACUACGAUAAAGGAUGCGCUCGGCUGCUGCUGGCGUAUUCGGUAAGGUUGUUUAAGCCGUUUAAGCCGUUUUUGAGGAUGAUAUAUAUUACAUUAAUUAUACGAGUAUACUAUACCAAGGAGGAGGAAAGAAACAAGGGUAGGAAUAUAAGGUCCAUACCUAGAUACUACUCUCACUCUUGGCUCUAG